AGGAAUCAACGUUGAAUUUGGUGCAGUGUGAAGGAAAAUUUGGCUAUUAAGAAGCUGAAACUCGGGAAAAAAAAGUUGCGGUUUUCGACGAAUUUUCGCAAAGAAUGGCGAUGCAUUAAUAUUUGAAGAUGGAAUCCAUGGAUUCGCGAAUUUUCCAGAUGUUUCUCUGACGCUUUUCAUCCAAAAGGCUCAUCAAGUCGUCUUAUUGAAGAAAUAGAAAAAUAUCAUCAAUGAAGUCGCCGGGGUUGAGCGGUUUCUCGACGCCAUCGUCGUCGUCUUCCGGCGCCUCGGAGCUCCACCAACGCCUCCCUUUGCUGCCCAACAGCCACCACGGUCACCAGUACCUCGGCAGCAACUCGGCGGCGUCUUCGUCGGGCAACCAUCAUCCGCUGGCGUCCAACGGCGGCGGCGGCGGCGGUUGUGGCGGCGGUGGUCAUCAUUGCCGCACGGAUUCGGCGGAGUCGACGCAGAUCCUCAUCGAGCCUGACGACAGCGGGUGUGACGACACUGCGCUUUGUGGUGUCGACAUGGCGACCAAUGGGUUCAUGGAUGAUGAUGAUGACGAUGACGACGACGAAGAUGAUGAUGAUGAUGAUGAUGAGGACGAUGACGGGGUCGUUGUUGGGAAGGUCGGGCAGAAAGUUGAGAAAACCCCUGGACUGUUGAAAGAAUUCUCUUCCGCAAGAUUCGGUGCCACCAGAGUGGACUUGCCUACGCCGACGAGGGACGAAGUCAAAUUCCCCAAGGACAGAUUCAAAGCAUUCAUUGCCUGGUUGCUGUUUGUGUUCUGCGGAACAAUCAACAUGGUGUCCCUGUCUUUGGUUCACGAUCGCGUGCCAGACCGGGAGAAAGGCCCAUUGCCAGACAUCAUCCUGGACAAUAUCCAGGCCAAGGACUGGGCCCUGUACUUGUCAGAGUACCUGCUCAUGGUCCUCACGCACGGCUGCAUACUCAUCACGAUUUUCCACAAACACAGGUGGAUCUUGUUCAGAAGAUGCUUUUUCCUUCUGGCACUGCUGUACCUGUACAGGUCGGUCACCAUGUUUGUGACAGUGUUGCCAGUGGCGUCCAAGACGUACGAGUGCAAUGAGUUCAGGUUAAGAAACCAGGCUGGAGAUCAGGCAUUUUUGGGUGGCCUGAGAUUGGCCAAGAAAAACAGAAUCAAAGGCAACACUGGGGAAGAAGCCGUGGAGAAGAAAGUUCUUAAAUUUUCCCAAUUUUUCCUGGUGCUCUCUGAGUUUACGUUUGGGCAGUUUUUCAACCCCAUUUAUGCCUUAACUAAUGAGAAGGCGAAUGACGAGAAGAACCCGUUGGGACGGGUGUGGUGGUUCCGGAUCUUUUGCUACCUGGAGCGGAACGUCAGUGGCCCGGUGCCCCGACGAUUCGAGGCCCCCGGGCCAUUUGGCAAAUUUUUUCGAUGGGCGAGACACCGGAAUCAUCGACCAUGA